AUGUCACUCACUGAGCAGAUCGAGCAAUUCGCCAGUAGGUUUCGCGAUGAUGAUGCCACUCUACAAUCGAGAUAUUCCACUCUAUCGGAAUUGUACGACAUAAUGGAAUUACUGAAUUCUCCUGAGGAUUACCAUUUUUUCUUACAAGCUGUGAUACCUUUACUUCUAAACCAGCUAAAGGAAGUUCCUAUUUCAUAUGAUGCGCAUUCACCGGAACAAAAGUUGAGAAACUCUAUGCUUGAUAUUUUCAACAGGUGUCUCAUGAACCAAACCUUUCAACCCUACGCAAUGGAAGUGCUCGAGUUUUUACUUUCAGUACUACCAAAGGAAAACGAAGAAAAUGGGAUAUUAUGUAUGAAAGUGCUGACGACACUUUUCAAAUCAUUCAAAUCAAUACUACAGGACAAACUCGACUCCUUCAUACGAAUAAUUAUUCAGAUUUAUAAAAAUACACCAAACCUUAUAAACCAGACGUUUUAUGAAGCCGGGAAAGCAGAACAGGGUGAUUUGGAUUCACCAAAAGAACCACAGGCAGAUGAACUUCUCGAUGAAUUCUCCAAAAAUGAUGAAGAAAAGGACUUUCCAUCGAAACAAUCAUCCACGGAGCCAAGGUUUGAAAACUCUACCUCAUCAAACGGGUUGAGGUCAUCUAUGUUUUCCUUUAAAAUCCUUUCUGAAUGCCCUAUUACAAUGGUCACUUUAUAUUCGUCUUACAAGCAGUUGACUAGCACCUCGCUUCCGGAAUUCACUCCUCUUAUUAUGAAUCUAUUGAAUAUACAAAUUAAACAACAACAGGAAGCGAGAGAACAGGCGGAAUCACGGGGAGAACAUUUCACUUCUAUAUCGACGGAGAUUAUCAACAGACCGGCUUACUGUGAUUUUAUAUUAGCCCAGAUCAAGGCCACGUCUUUCUUGGCUUACGUAUUCAUUAGAGGAUACGCUCCUGAAUUUUUGCAGGAUUAUGUGAAUUUUGUUCCUGAUUUAAUCAUAAGGCUUUUACAAGACUGCCCUUCUGAACUAUCAUCUGCUAGGAAGGAACUUUUGCAUGCCACUAGACACAUUCUAUCUACAAACUACAAAAAGCUCUUUUUACCCAAAUUGGACUAUCUGUUUGACGAACGUAUACUUAUUGGUAACGGUUUUACUAUGCAUGAAACAUUAAGGCCCCUGGCUUAUAGUACUGUGGCAGAUUUCAUUCAUAAUAUAAGAUCUGAAUUACAACUAAGUGAAAUUGAAAAAACAAUAAAGAUUUACACUGGAUAUCUAUUGGAUGAGUCAUUAGCCUUAACUGUACAAAUCAUGAGUGCAAAAUUGCUGCUUAAUUUAGUUGAAAGAAUAUUAAAAUUGGGAAAGGAGAACCCACAAGAGGCCCCUAGAGCAAAGAAAUUGUUAAUGAUAAUCAUUGACUCAUAUAUGAAUAGAUUUAAAACCUUAAACAGACAGUACGAUACAAUAAUGAAGUACUAUGGAAGAUACGAAACGCAUAAGAAGGAGAAAGCAGAAAAGCUCAAAAACUCUAUACAGGAUAAUGACAAAGAGAGUGAGGAAUUUAUGAGGAAGGUACUGGAACCAUCCGAUGACGACCAUUUGAUGCCACAGCCUAAAAAAGAAGAUAUCAAUGAUAGUCCCGAUGUUGAAAUGACAGAAUCUGACAAAGUGGUGAAGAAUGACGUUGAAAUGUUUGACAUAAAAAACUACGCACCUAUAUUAUUACUACCCACACCAACAAAUGAUCCCAUCAAGGAUGCUUUUUACUUAUACAGAACUUUAAUGUCUUUCUUAAAAACAAUAAUUCAUGACUUAAAAGUCUUUAACCCACCUCCUAACGAAUAUACGGUUGCUAAUCCUAAAUUGUGGGCUUCUGUUUCUAGAGUUUUUUCAUAUGAGGAAGUCAUUGUUUUCAAGGAUUUAUUUCACGAAUGUAUUAUUGGUUUGAAAUUUUUUAAAGAUCAUAAUGAAAAAUUAUCUCCAGAAACAACAAAAAAACAUUUUGAUAUAUCAAUGCCCAGCCUACCGGUCUCAGCCACCAAAGAUGCUCGUGAGUUAAUGGACUAUUUGGCAUUUAUGUUUAUGCAGAUGGAUAAUGCCACUUUUAAUGAAAUAAUUGAACAGGAACUGCCAUUUGUCUAUGAAAGAAUGCUGGAGGAUUCUGGGCUGCUACAUGUCGCGCAAUCCUUUUUAACAAGUGAAAUAACCUCCCCAAAUUUUGCUGGCAUCCUUUUAAGAUUCUUGAAAGGGAAAUUGAAAGAUUUAGGAAACGUUGAUUUUAACACUUCUAAUGUCCUAAUACGACUUUUCAAAUUGUCCUUUAUGUCCGUCAAUCUUUUCCCCAAUAUCAAUGAGGUUGUUCUUCUUCCACACUUAAACGAUCUAAUUCUAAACUCCCUGAAAUACUCAACUACAGCAGAAGAGCCUCUAGUAUACUUUUAUCUUAUUAGAACUCUUUUUAGAAGUAUAGGUGGGGGCAGAUUUGAAAACUUAUAUAGAUCGAUUAAGCCCAUACUACAGGUGCUAUUACAAUCUUUAAACCAAAUGAUACUUACUGCACGAUUGCCCCACGAGAGAGAACUUUAUGUGGAAUUAUGCAUCACUGUACCAGUUCGGUUAAGUGUGCUUGCUCCUUAUUUGCCAUUUUUGAUGAAACCAUUGGUAUUUGCAUUACAGCAAUAUCCUGAUCUCGUUUCGCAGGGUUUAAGGACCUUAGAAUUAUGUAUUGAUAAUUUGACCGCCGAGUAUUUUGAUCCUAUAAUCGAACCGGUAAUCGAUGACGUUUCGAAGGCCUUGUUUAACCUUCUGCAACCUCAACCAUUUAAUCAUGCUAUCAGCCACAACGUAGUCAGAAUACUGGGCAAAUUAGGAGGUAGAAAUCGUCAAUUUUUAAAGCCACCAACGGACCUCACGGAAAAAACGGAACUAGACAUUGAUGCGAUAGCAGAUUUCAAAAUCAAUGGUAUGCCGGAAGAUGUACCGCUUUCUGUAACGCCAGGAAUCCAGUCCGCUUUGAAUAUAUUGCAAAGCUACAAAAGUGAUAUUCACUACAGGAAGAGUGCUUACAAGUAUCUAACCUGUGUACUACUGUUAAUGACAAAAUCAUCAGCAGAGUUUCCUACGAAUUACACGGAACUGUUGAAGACAGCAGUGAAUUCUAUAAAGCUAGAGAGGAUUGGAAUAGAAAAAAACUUUGAUUUGGAACCAACUGUAAAUAAGAGAGAUUAUUCGAACCAAGAAAAUUUGUUUUUGAGGUUACUGGAGAGCGUUUUUUACGCAACUUCGAUAAAGGAACUAAAAGAUGACGCAAUGGACCUACUGAAUAACCUUUUGGAUCAUUUCUGCCUAUUACAAGUAAACACUACGUUGCUUAAUAAGAGAAACUAUAAUGGGACAUUUAACAUCGAUCUAAAGAACCCAAACUUCAUGCUAGAUAGCUCAUUGAUUCUAGAUGCUAUUCCCUUUGCCCUUUCGUACUACAUUCCAGAAGUUCGUGAGGUGGGUGUUUUGGCGUACAAAAGAAUAUACGAAAAAAGUUGUCUGAUAUAUGGGGAGGAACUAGCUUUAAGUCACUCCUUCAUACCGGAAUUAGCUAAACAGUUUAUCCAUUUGUGUUACGACGAAACAUAUUACAACAAAAGAGGCGGUGUCUUGGGUAUAAAAGUUCUCAUUGAUAAUGUUAAGUCGUCCUCAGUUUUCCUAAAAAAGUAUCAGUAUAACCUAGCCAAUGGUCUAUUAUUUGUGCUGAAGGACACUCAGAGCGAGGCCCCAUCUGCUAUAACAGAUAGCGCUGAGAAAUUACUAAUAGAUCUAUUAAGUAUUACGUUCGCGGAUGUAAAAGAAGAGGAUUUGGGUAACAAAGUCUUGGAGAACACACUGACGGACAUAGUAUGCGAAUUAAGUAAUGCAAAUCCUAAGGUAAGAAAUGCCUGCCAGAAGUCCUUACAUACAAUUUCAAACCUCACUGGAAUUCCUAUAGUAAAAUUGAUGGAUCAUUCCAAACAAUUUCUUCUAUCACCAAUAUUUGCAAAACCUUUAAGAGCAUUACCUUUCACUAUGCAAAUCGGUAAUGUCGAUGCUAUCACAUUCUGUUUAAGUCUACCAAACACAUUUCUAACAUUUAAUGAAGAACUGUUUAGGUUACUCCAAGAAUCUAUUGUCUUGGCAGAUGCAGAAGAUGAAUCACUAUCCACCAAUAUCCAAAAGACAACCGAAUAUAGUACUUCCGAGCAAUUAGUACAAUUAAGAAUAGCGUGCAUAAAAUUACUUGCGAUUGCUCUUAAAAAUGAAGAAUUUGCCACAGCUCAACAAGGAAACAUCAGAAUUCGAAUUCUAGCUGUUUUUUUCAAAACAAUGCUGAAAACUUCACCAGAAAUUAUUAAUACUACAUAUGAAGCUUUGAAAGGUUCCUUAGCAGAAAACUCUAAAUUGCCGAAAGAAUUACUUCAGAACGGAUUAAAACCUCUUUUAAUGAAUUUAUCUGACCACCAAAAGCUGACGGUCCCUGGUCUGGAUGCUUUAUCGAAGCUUCUCGAGUUAUUGAUUGCAUACUUUAAAGUAGAAAUCGGAAGAAAGUUGUUAGAUCACCUCACGGCAUGGUGCCGUGUUGAAGUUCUUGACACAUUAUUUGGCCAAGAUUUAGCAGAGCAGAUGCCAACUAAAAUAAUAGUAAGCAUUAUUAAUAUAUUUCAUCUACUGCCACCACAAGCUGAUAUGUUUUUAAAUGAUUUGUUGCUCAAAGUUAUGCUUCUAGAGAGAAAACUACGUCUUCAACUGGAUUCUCCAUUUCGUACACCACUAGCGAGGUACCUGAACCGUUUCCAUAACCCCGUAACAGAGUACUUCAAGAAAAAUAUGACGUUAAGGCAAUUAGUGCUUUUCAUGUGCAAUAUUGUGCAAAGACCUGAAGCAAAGGAGCUGGCCGAAGAUUUUGAGAAAGAACUCGACAACUUCUAUGACUUUUACAUUUCCAAUAUACCAAAAAACCAAGUACGUGUUGUUAGUUUUUUUACUAAUAUGGUUGAUCUCUUUAAUACAAUGGUGAUCACGAAUGGGGACGAAUGGCUAAAGAAAAAAGGCAACAUGAUUUUGAAAUUAAAAGAUAUGCUGAACUUGACAUUAAAAACAAUAAAGGAAAACUCGUUUUACAUCGACCAUCUACAAUUAAAUCAAAGUAUUGCAAAAUUCCAAGCUCUUUACCUGCGUUUCACUGAAUUAUCCGAAAGGGAUCAAAAUCCUCUGCUCCUAGAUUUCAUUGAUUUUUCUUUUUCAAAUGGUAUCAAAGCCUCAUAUUCCCUCAAGAAAUUCAUCUUCCAUAAUAUAAUAGCAAGUUCAAAUAAAGAAAAGCAGAAUAACUUCAUAAAUGAUGCAACACUUUUCGUUCUAUCUGACAAAUGUUUGGAUGCUAGAAUAUUUGUACUUAAAAAUGUCAUAAAUUCAACUUUGAUUUAUGAAGUGGCAACAUCUGGAUCUUUGAAAAGCUAUCUUGUGGAGGAUAAAAAACCUAAAUGGUUAGAGUUACUCCACAAUAAAAUUUGGAAGAACUCAAAUGCAAUUUUAGCAUAUGACGUUCUAGACCAUCAUGAUUUAUUCCGUUUUGAACUCUUACAACUGUCAGCAAUUUUCAUUAAGGCAGAUCCAGAAAUUAUAGCCGAGAUAAAGAAAGAUAUAAUAAAAUUCUGCUGGAAUUUCAUAAAGCUCGAAGAUACCCUUAUCAAACAAUCCGCGUACCUGGUUACAUCAUAUUUCAUAUCCAAGUUUGAUUUCCCUAUUAAAGUUGUCACCCAGGUUUUUGUUGCCCUAUUACGUUCUUCUCAUGUCGAAGCUAGGUACUUAGUUAAGCAAUCGCUGGACGUUCUCACCCCUGUUCUCCAUGAACGUAUGAACGCAGCUGGGACGCCCGAUACCUGGAUUAACUGGGUUAAAAGGGUAAUGGUAGAAAAUUCUUCUAGUCAGAACAACAUUUUAUACCAAUUUUUGAUAAGCCACCCUGAUUUAUUUUUCAAUUCAAGAGAUUUGUUCAUAUCAAAUAUUAUUCAUCAUAUGAAUAAGAUAACGUUCAUGUCAAAUUCAAACUCUGAUAGUCAUACUUUAGCUAUUGAUUUGGCGUCAUUAAUUCUUUAUUGGGAGAACAAGACCUUAGAAAUUACGAAUGUAAAUAAUACCAAGACCGAUUCCGACGGAGAUGUUGUAAUGUCCGAUUCUAAAAGUGAUAUUAAUCCAGUUGAGGCUGACACAACCGCAAUAAUUGUAGACGCUAAUAACAACUCGCCUAUAUCUUUACAUUUACGCGAGGCUUGUACGGCGUUUUUGAUAAGAUACGUGUGUGCAAGUAAUCACCGUGCCAUAGAAACAGAACUAGGAUUAAGAGCUAUCAAUAUUUUAUCAGAAUUAAUCUCAGAUAAGCAUUGGACAAACGUCAAUGUUAAACUGGUUUACUUCGAGAAGUUUUUGAUAUUUCAAGAUCUCGAUUCCGAAAAUAUUCUUUACUACUGCAUGAAUGCUUUGGAUGUGCUUUAUGUAUUCUUCAAAAAUAAGACAAAAGAAUGGAUAAUGGAAAACUUACCUACCAUUCAAAAUCUUCUAGAAAAAUGUAUCAAAUCUGAUCAUCACGAUGUACAGGAAGCUCUGCAAAAAGUUUUGCAGGUAAUAAUGAAGGCAAUAAAAGCUCAGGGUGUAUCAGUGAUAAUUGAAGAAGAAAGCCCUGGUAAGACAUUUAUCCAAAUGUUAACCUCCGUGAUAACUCAGGAUCUUCAGGAAACCUCAUCAGUUACAGCUGGUGUAACUCUAGCUUGGGUACUCUUCAUGAACUUUCCGGAUAACAUCGUCCCAUUAUUAACGCCUUUGAUGAAGACGUUCAGUAAGUUAUGCAAAGAUCACUUAAGCAUUUCACAACCGAAGGACGCCAUGGCUCUGGAAGAGGCAAGGAUUACGACGAAACUUUUAGAGAAAGUUUUAUAUAUAUUAUCUUUGAAAGUCUCACUCUUGGGUGACUCCCGUCGUCCUUUCCUCUCCACUGUGGCACUUCUGAUUGAUCACUCCAUGGAUCAAAAUUUUUUGAGGAAAAUUGUCAAUAUGUCCAGAAGCUGGAUAUUCAAUACUGAAAUUUUUCCAACUGUUAAAGAAAAAGCGGCUAUAUUAACGAAGAUGCUGGCGUUUGAGAUUAGAGGGGAACCUUCAUUGUCAAAGCUAUUCUACGAAAUAGUCUUGAAACUAUUUGAUCAAGAACAUUUUAAUAACACAGAAAUUACCGUUAGAAUGGAACAACCUUUCCUCGUAGGAACGCGUGUUGAAGACAUCGGUAUAAGGAAAAGAUUCAUGACAAUUUUGGAUAAUAGUUUGGAAAGAGAUAUCAAAGAGAGACUAUAUUAUGUUAUACGGGACCAAAACUGGGAAUUUAUUGCUGAUUAUCCAUGGUUAAAUCAAGCUUUACAAUUACUAUAUGGUUCUUUUAAUAGAGAGAAGGAAUUAUCUUUAAAGAACAUUUAUUGUUUGUCUCCACCAUCGAUUUUACAAGAGUACCUCCCAGAAAAUGCUGAAAUGGUAACCGAAGUAAACGAUCUGGAAUUAUCAAACUUUGUUAAAGGUCAUAUAGCUUCCAUGCAAGGUUUAUGUCGAAUAAUCUCUUCGGAUUUCAUCGAUUCUUUGAUUGAAAUAUUUUACCAAGAUCCAAAAGCAAUUCAUAGAGCGUGGGUUACGUUAUUUCCCCAGGUAUACAAAAGUAUUCCAAAGAAUGAAAAAUACGGGUUUGUUCGAUCUAUCAUUACAUUGCUUUCUAAACCUUAUCAUACCAGACAAAUUUCCUCUAGGACAAAUGUGAUUAAUAUGCUAUUGGACUCAAUAAGUAAAAUUGAAUCGUUAGAAUUACCCCCUCAUUUGGUCAAAUACUUGGCGAUAUCAUACAACGCUUGGUAUCAAUCGAUUAACAUCUUGGAAUCCAUUCAAAGCAAUACUAGCAUCGACAAUACAAAAAUUAUCGAAGCCAACGAAGAUGCGCUAUUAGAACUAUACGUCAAUCUACAAGAAGAAGACAUGUUUUAUGGUCUUUGGAGACGUAGAGCAAAAUACACAGAGACUAACAUUGGUUUAUCAUAUGAACAAAUUGGCCUUUGGGACAAAGCUCAACAACUUUAUGAAGUGGCACAGGUCAAAGCUCGUAGUGGUGCCUUGCCCUACUCACAGUCUGAGUAUGCACUAUGGGAAGAUAACUGGAUACAGUGUGCUGAAAAAUUACAACAUUGGGACGUAUUAACUGAAUUAGCGAAGCAUGAAGGGUUCACGGACUUAUUAUUAGAAUGUGGUUGGCGUGUUGCUGAUUGGAACAGUGAUCGUGAUGCACUUGAGCAAUCAGUAAAAAGCGUUAUGGACGUUCCAACUCCACGAAGGCAAAUGUUUAAGACCUUUUUGGCUCUUCAAAAUUUCGCAGAAAGCAGAAAAGGAGAUCAAGAAGUUAGAAAGCUAUGCGAUGAAGGAAUACAAUUAAGUCUAAUAAAGUGGGUGUCUCUGCCAAUUAGAUAUACACCAGCUCAUAAGUGGCUAUUACAUGGGUUUCAACAGUACAUGGAAUUUUUGGAAGCGACACAGAUAUAUGCUAACUUGCAUACAACAACAGUACAGAAUCUGGAUUCUAAAGCCCAAGAGAUUAAGCGCAUCUUGCAAGCUUGGAGAGACCGUCUACCAAACACAUGGGAUGAUGUCAAUAUGUGGAAUGACCUAGUAACAUGGAGACAACAUGCAUUCCAGGUUAUUAACAACGCAUAUCUCCCAUUAAUACCGGCACUUCAACAAUCAAACAGUAAUAGCAAUAUUAAUACUCAUGCAUAUAGGGGAUAUCAUGAAAUUGCCUGGGUAAUCAACAGGUUUGCACAUGUUGCAAGGAAGCACAACAUGCCUGACGUGUGUAUCAGUCAGCUGGCACGUAUUUACACCCUACCGAAUAUAGAAAUUCAGGAGGCUUUCCUAAAGUUAAGGGAGCAAGCUAAAUGUCAUUACCAAAACAUGAACGAAUUAACAACGGGUCUGGAUGUUAUUAGUAAUACUAAUUUGGUUUACUUUGGUACUGUCCAAAAAGCUGAAUUCUUCACAUUGAAGGGUAUGUUUUUGUCUAAAUUACGCGCAUAUGAAGAGGCAAAUCAAGCCUUUGCAACAGCUGUUCAGAUAGACUUGAACUUGGCUAAAGCAUGGGCCCAAUGGGGUUUCUUCAAUGACCGUCGUUUGUCAGAAGAGCCAAACAACAUUAGUUUUGCUAGUAAUGCAAUAAGCUGUUAUUUACAAGCCGCCGGCCUGUAUAAGAACUCGAAGAUUAGGGAGUUAUUGUGCAGGAUUUUAUGGCUCAUCAGUAUAGAUGAUGCUUCGGGCAUGCUCACAAACGCAUUUGACUCCUUUAGAGGCGAAAUACCCGUUUGGUACUGGAUUACUUUCAUUCCUCAACUAUUAACCUCUCUAUCACAUAAGGAGGCCAAUAUGGUUCGUCAUAUCUUAAUCAGAAUUGCUAAAAGUUAUCCUCAAGCUCUUCACUUCCAAUUAAGAACGACAAAGGAAGAUUUCGCCGUUAUCCAACGACAGACAAUGGCUGUUAUGGGGGAUAAACCAGAUACAAACGAUCGGAAUGGACGGCGCCAGCCUUGGGAAUAUUUACAAGAGUUAAACAAUAUUCUAAAGACAGCUUAUCCAUUGUUGGCCUUAUCCUUAGAGUCUCUUGUUGCCCAAAUAAACGACCGUUUCAAAUCUACUACUGACGAAGAUCUUUUCAGGUUGAUAAAUGUCCUAUUGAUCGAUGGAACGCUGAACUACAAUCGCUUACCAUUUCCUAGGAAAAAUCCAAAACUUCCUGAAAAUACAGAAAAAAAUUUGGUCAAAUUUUCUACAACUUUGUUGGCGCCUUAUAUAAGACCAAAGUUCAAUGCCGACUUUAUUGACAAUAAACCGGAUUACGAAACUUAUAUCAAGAGAUUACGUUACUGGCGAAGGAGGUUGGAAAACAAGCUUGAUAGAGCAUCAAAAAAAGAAAAUCUAGAAGUAUUAUGUCCACAUUUAAGCAACUUCCAUCACCAAAAAUUCGAGGAUAUUGAAAUUCCUGGCCAGUAUCUUUUGAACAAGGAUAAUAAUGUUCACUUUAUUAAAAUUGCCAGAUUUUUACCCACGGUCGAUUUUGUUCGCGGAACACAUUCUUCAUAUAGGCGUUUAAUGAUUCGGGGCCAUGAUGGCAGUGUACAUUCAUUUGCUGUUCAAUAUCCAGCUGUUCGCCAUUCAAGAAGAGAAGAAAGGAUGUUUCAAUUGUACAGAUUAUUCAACAAGUCAUUAUCCAAGAAUGUGGAAACAAGACGUCGCAGUAUACAGUUCAAUCUACCAAUAGCAAUCCCGCUAUCUCCACAAGUCCGUAUCAUGAAUGAUAGUGUUUCUUUUACUACCCUUCAUGAAAUUCACAAUGAAUUUUGCAAGAAAAAAGGAUUUGACCCGGAUGAUAUCCAAGAUUUUAUGGCAGAUAAACUAAACGCAGCGCAUGAUGAUGCUCUGCCUGCGCCAGAUAUGACCAUAUUGAAAGUUGAAAUUUUCAAUUCAAUUCAAACAAUGUUUGUACCAUCAAAUGUUUUAAAAGACCAUUUUACCUCGUUGUUUACUCAAUUUGAAGAUUUCUGGUUAUUCCGUAAACAAUUUGCGUCACAAUACAGUUCGUUUGUCUUCAUGUCUUACAUGAUGAUGAUCAAUAACCGUACUCCUCACAAAAUCCAUGUUGACAAAACCUCUGGUAAUGUAUUUACUUUAGAAAUGUUACCCUCAAGAUUUCCAUAUGAAAGGGUGAAACCAUUGCUAAAGAAUCAUGACUUAAGUCUUCCACCAGAUUCUCCGAUAUUUCAUAAUAAUGAACCAGUUCCAUUCAGACUGACGCCUAAUAUUCAAUCUUUGAUAGGUGAUUCUGCUUUAGAAGGUAUAUUUGCGGUAAAUUUAUUUACCAUAUCACGUGCAUUAAUUGAACCUGAUAAUGAACUGAACACAUACUUGGCCCUAUUCAUCCGUGACGAGAUCAUAUCAUGGUUUAGCAACCUUCACCGGCCAAUCAUUGAAAAUCCACAGUUACGUGAGAUGGUUCAAACCAACGUUGACCUAAUUAUUAGAAAGGUGGCACAAUUGGGCCAUUUGAAUUCAACACCUACAGUCACAACCCAGUUCAUCCUAGACUGUAUUGGCAGCGCUGUCAGUCCAAGAAACUUAGCAAGAACAGACGUGAACUUCAUGCCAUGGUUCUAG